CUCGCGAGGAAACCAAACACCACCUCCACCGCAACAUAAACUCCAUCGCCCACUCCGUUGACUGACCGACCAAACACUCCGCAUUUCCCCCAUCCCAAGUCGUCUCAUGAGUCAUGAGGCUCUUCUUCUCCGGUCCGGUCACCACCCGCCACUUGAUCAUCGACAAGCCACAGCCGCACCCUCUCACCGCAGCAUGGCCGCCGCACCGGCAGGCCCGGGAGCGGGACGUCCGCCCCUCUCUCCGUGCGCCGGCUUCGUCACCGACGUCCUGAUCCUCCCCACCCGGAACGUUAGGCUCUUCGCGCCGGUCUUCGCGCUCGUCCUCGCCCACACCUUCGCCUCCCUCGCCGUCGCCGUCCUCCUCGCCCACCCUCUCGCCACCGUCGAGCGGGAUGGCCACGAGUACGAGGUGUCGCCCCAAAAGAUCUGGGAGCACUCCGCGGGGCUGCAGGCCCUCUACCUCGCGUACGUCGCCAGCAAGCUCGCCACGCAGGCCACCGUCGCGCUCGCCGCCUGCGCCACGCUCCGCGGCGACCGGCCGCGCUCGCUCGCCGAGCUCCUCCGCGGCACCCCCCGGCGAGGCUGCCUCUUCGCCGGCGCCGCGCUGGUCGCUGCUGCGGAGCUCGCGUGCACGGCCGUCCCGGCGUACUACCUCGACUCCUGGUGGAGGUACAGCUGGACUCACCCGGACACCGGCGGCGUGGAGUCGUUCGUGCAGGGCGUCCUGCUGUUCGUCUCCCUCGCCACGCUCAUCUUCCGCCUCUGCCUCGCCGCGGUCUUCCCGGUCGCCAUCGCCGCGUCGGCGACGGCGGCGACAGAGGAAGGCGGACACGGUUGUGGCGGCGCCGACGCGGCUACUCAUCUCCAUCGGGCGUGGCGGCUCAUGACCGCGGCCGCGAGCUGGAAGGAGGCUGCUCUGCAGGUGCUCGUGGUGACCGUCGUGCUGCCCCUGGCCACCUACCCGGUGUACGCGUUUGCUCUUGAAUACGGGCAGGCGCAGGGCGGGUUCCUGCUUUUGCUGGGCAGCCUGUACGGGUACCUUCUGCCGUCCGCCGGCGUGCAGCUCUACUCCGCGGUGGCGGCCACCGUGUUCUACCACCGGUGCAUGGAGCAGCAGCGUCACGAGCUUGCCAUUCCAGUGACGAUGAAGGCCAUGAAGCUAGGUAAUACCCCGAUAAACUCUCUGAAAUUGAUUAAGGGCGCGAUCGCCUGAAGAAGAAUCUAUGAUGAAUAGCGACCUGCUCUGAUCCGGCUGGAAGGAUCCGACAUUCCUCAUGUUCCUCCUGUCCUCAGCAAAUUUCUAAGUCCAGUUGCAAUCCAAACUUCAAAAGUCGUGUUGCUCAUCCUAAAAAAGGAUCUCAUGUUGAUUGUGUUGUAGUAUGAAAUAAGUUGAGUGAUCACGGCGUAACAUAAUCAUAGAAUUUUCAGAAAUUAAUAUGCAAAAAAUGCGGUUGCUUAAAAUGGCAGCCUGUGUUCACCAGCAUUCACUUAAA